AUGGACUCCAUGAUUCAGGAAAGCCCUUUACCUGUACAGAGGUUCAGAAGGAUUUCGUGCCUGGCUCGGGGCAUCUGCAGCAAGAGGCCACUGAAACUGGAGAGAAGCCAAACACAAUCAAGAGUUCACACUGGAGAAAAGCCUUAUGAGUGCAGUGAAUGUGGGAAAUCUUUUACUACUCCGUCUGCCCUGCGUUGUCAUCAGAGAGUUCACACUGGAGAAAGGCCUUAUGAGUGCAGUGAAUGUGGGAAAUCUUUUACUACUCCUUCUGCCCUCCGUUCUCACCAGAGAGUUCACACUGGAGAAAGGCCUUAUGAGUGCAGUGAAUGUGGGAAAUCUUUUACUCAUACUUCUGCCCUUCGUUAUCACCAGAGAGUUCACACUGGGGAAAAGCCUUAUGAGUGCAGUGAAUGUGGGAAAUCUUUUACCACUAGUUCAGGCCUUCGUUAUCACCAGAGAUUUCACACUGGAGAAAGGCCUUAUGAGUGUACUGAAUGUGGGAAAUCUUUUGCUGACACUUCUGCCCUCCAUUAUCACCAGAGAGUUCACACAGGAGAAAGGCCUUAUGAGUGCAGUGAAUGUGGGAAAUCUUUUUUCUCUAGGUCUGACCUCCAUUAUCAUCACAGAGUCCACACUGGGGAGAGGCCUUAUGAGUGCAGCGAGUGUGGCAAGUCUUUUUCCCGAAGAAAUAACCUCAAUGUACACCUAAAGGUUCACUCAGAUGAAAAGCCUUACAAGUGUAAUGAUUGUGGGAAAUCUUUCAAGUGUAAGUCAUCAUUCAUUGAACACCAGAGAGUUCACACCGGAGAAAGACCUUAUGAGUGCAGUGAGUGUGGGAAACCUUUUUCCACUAGUUCUGUCCUUCGUUCUCACCAGAGAGUUCACACUGGAGAAAGGCCUUAUGAGUGCAGUGAAUGUGGGAAAACUUUUACUGCUAGCUCUAUCCUCCGUAAUCACAAGAGAGUUCACACUGGAGAAAGACCUUAUGAGUGCAGUGAAUGUGGGAAAACUUUUACCACUAGGUCUGUCCUCCUUUAUCAUCAGAGAGUUCAUAGUGGAGAAAGGCCUUAUGAAUGCAGCGAAUGUGGCAAGUCCUUUAUCCAAAGAAAUAGUCUCAAAGUACACAGAAAGGUUCAUUCUGGUGAAAUGCCUUAUAAGUGCAAUGAAUGUGCGAAAUCUUUCACCUGCAAGUCAAAACUCCUUGAACACCAGAGAAUUCACACAGGAGAAAAACCUUAUCUGUGCAAUAAAUGUGGGAAAUCUUUUAGUCGUAGCCAUGCCCUUCAGUAUCAUCAUCAAAUUCACACUGGAGAAAGGCCUUAUGAGUGUAAUGAAUGUGGGAAAUCUUUUACGGCUAGUUCUGUCCUACAUGCUCACCAGAGAGUUCACACUGGAGAAAGACCGUAUGAGUGCAGUGAAUGUGGCAAGUCCUUUCUCCGAAGAAAUAGCCUCAAUGUACACAUAAAGGUUCAUUCGGGCUUCCAUGGUGCAAAGUUAUAA